CGUUGCAGGACAGACCACACCUAUAAGAACCAGCGCACCGCGUGUGAGACAGCAUACAGAGACGCAGGAUGGCCUCCAAACUAGCGUUAGUUUUCCUGUUGGUCCUCUCCUUAGCUGCAACGACGAAUGCAUUUUUAUUUUUUAGUGGCAUUACAAAUCUAUUAAAGAAAAUAACUUCCAGAUGUCCUAAUUAUCCGGAUUACGUGCAGAUAUGUGACCUAAAACCACAAGUGGAACGUUUGCGCAACACACUGAAAGCAAAGGUCAACGCCCGUAAUACAGCGUACAAAGAAUGCAAAGCCAUGAGCACCAAGCUGAAACAGGUGCAGACAGAAUUUGGGAACUUGGUGGACAUGUUCCGCGAGCUAACAUUCCGAGUCCACAAGCUGAUCUCCAUCACCACGAUGCGAGCGCAGUAUGGGAAUUUCGAUGCCUCCAAACCUGACGUGGAACUCACUGAGCUAGGCGAGAUUACCAGAAAACUGGAGAAACUCAAGACGAACAUUAACACCGACGUUUCUGGAUUCAUCGUGGAUUUCGUAGAGAACCAGUUCUCCAUGAUAAGCAUGAUCAUCCCUAUUCCUAUACCAAGUAUCCUCAACUUAUUCGGCAUCAAGAGCAACAAGCAGAGGCAACAGGAGUACCUGAACGACCUGAAAGACGCCAAGUCUCGGCUAGAGAGGGACCUGCGGUCCGUUAGACAGAGCUUGGCCAGAGUGCAGGCUGACUGUGCUGAGAUUAAGGCGGCUUGGCCCAAGAUCCGCUCUGAGGUGGUCAAAUCCCUGCAGACCAUUAUGACCCUGGGCGCGGACCUGAUGGAGGCCUUCCCACAACUUGGUAUUAAGCAGCGAAAGUUGAACAUGUUCGUGGUGAACAAAAUAACUCAAGGAGACUAUUCCUCCGGGAAAGUGGCAACGCUGCUCUCCCUCGUACGCUGGGAGGUGAAGUACAUCGAAGAGGAGUUCUAUCCCAAAGUCAAUAAUGCACUGAAGGACAUAUUUGGCUCAGUUUCCAAGGACAGACUGUCAAAACUGGUGGAAAUCGCCGACAAAGUUGUGAAACAAAUGAAGAUCAAAGCCUCUCUAGAUGCCAUUCUGUCAACCAUAGCCCCCAUUGAUUCCACCAUUACCAUCCGGGACAUUCUCCGCAUGCAGGCUCGACUUUUUCCACAGCGGACAUGCUACAGAAUCUACCCACUGAGUCCCGCCAGGGCCGGCCAGUCUCACCCUACGUACCGAGUGCCAACAACUCAGAAAUUGUACCGCAUACGUGACGCCAUCAAGAACGGACUGGCCUUCGUUGCCGAUACGUGUGCUGGCGUGGAAUCCGUAAGAUCAAUCGUUAUGUCCAAGGAGAGCGUUCUAACAACCGAUCUGUUUAACUAUUUGUUAAAGACUAUUAAACCCAACUCUACUUGUGUUUCUAAUGUGUCUGGUGCCAUUUGUACCUAAGCCAGUUUAAAUUUGUUAAAACAGGCAUAGGGUGGAUGCAAACACCAUGAGCAUGGGAUUAUCGCAGGUGGUGGAUUGAUAUUUUCAAGAAAACUUGGAUAAUAAAGCAUAGUUCAGCAAUUGGUUUCUGUUUUUUACUUUUUAUAAUUCACGAA